UUUUAUGAUACUCCAUUUUUUUUUGGACAAGUCAAUUAAUUAAUAAAUACCUUCAAAGUAAAAUCCAUUUAGGUAUCGGGAAAAAAAAAAGAGUGAGGGAUAUCUCAAGUGGUUAAAACUUACUCCGUAACUUCCGGAUUUAGGAGAUCUAGCUGGGAUCGAUUCUCAUCCCCUCCCUUGUAGCUCUCAAAACACCCGGAAAGAAAAAGAAAAAAAAAAAAAAAACAUUCGGGUUCGGUUAAAACAACAUUACCAAAACUACCAAUUGAAUCAUAUAUGACGUGGCAUCUUAUAAUUGGGUAGAUUCUAUAGCAGUGACGAGGAAAUUCAUCUUUCUCUCUCCUCUUUUCUUCAAAAUUCUUCAUUCCAAAUAUCAAAAUCGACUUCUCAUCAGCUAAACCCAGAAAGCCCCAAUUCCUUGCUCGAAUUGAUACAAUCACAGGUUUGAAUGAUGGUGAGGCUAAAGCCAUAUGCCGGGCUUAGUUUGUUUGCAGCAAUUGCUGUUGUUUAUCAUGCAUUUCACAGUAGAAGGCAGUUUUACCCUGCUAUGGUAUACCUUUCGACUUCGAAGAUCAGUUUAGUUAUACUUCUCAAUAUGGGUUUAGUUAUACUAUGUUCGUUAUGGCAAUUGGCAAAACGCGUGUUUCUUGGUUCUCUUCGAGAGGCUGAGGUUGAGAGACUGAAUGAACAGUCAUGGAGGGAGGUUAUGGAGAUUCUGUUUGCCAUCACUAUUUUCCGGCAGGAUUUUUCUGUUUCGUUUCUUGCUAUGGUUACUGCGCUUUUAUUGAUUAAGUCGCUUCAUUGGCUGGCCCAAAAGAGGGUUGAAUUCAUUGAAACGACUCCGGCUGUGCCCACCUUGUCUCAUGUAAGGAUUGUCUCUUUUAUGGGCUUCCUUCUUUUCUUGGACAGUAUCUUCCUAUACAGCUCGGUGAAGUCUUUGAUUGAAACACAGACAGCUUCAGUGUCCAUCUUCUUCUCAUUCGAGUACAUGAUACUUGCUACGACAACGGUGGCUAUGUUUAUGAAAUACAUAUUCUAUGUGAGCGACAUGCUUAUGGAUGGGCAAUGGGAGAAGAAGGCUGUGUGUACUUUCUACCUGGAGCUUAUCCGAGAUUUGCUGCACCUGUCGAUGUACCUUUGUUUCUUCAUGGUUAUAUUUGUGAACUACGGUGUGCCAUUGCAUUUGAUAAGAGAGCUUUAUGAAACAUUCCGCAAUUUUAAGAUUCGCAUUGCCGAUUACAUUCGAUACCGGAAGAUAACUUCAAAUAUGAAUGACCGUUUUCCAGAUGCAACCCCAGAAGAACUGGACACAAGCGAUGCAACCUGCAUUAUUUGUCGCGAGGAAAUGACUACUGCCAAGAAAUUGAGAUGUGGACAUUUUUUUCAUGUGCACUGCCUUCGAUCAUGGUUGGAAAGACAAAAUACUUGUCCAACCUGCAGGGCUCUUGUUCUUCCACCUGAAACUGGUGCAGUUAGCGCUGGAGGGCAACAUGGACCGCAGUCUGGUGUCCAACAAUCUGCUUCUACUAAUACUUCUGGUCAAGGGUCAACUAGUGGUACUGUUACAGACAGCCCCUUGAGCGGUAAUCAAGCUAGACUGCAGGCAGCUGCAGCUGCUGCUGCAGUUUAUGAGAAAUCCCUUGUUUACCCGUCUGCAAAUACAUUAGUGUGGGCACCUGGAUAUGCUGUACUUCCCCAAGUUCAUGGUGCUAUGCCUGGUUCAAGCAAUGUAAAUUCUGAUGAGGGGGGUGGUCCAGUUGGACAACUUAAGCAUCAACAAGUGAUGUCCAGUGAGCAAAUGAGUUUUCCCUACGUGCAGGGGCCUCCUUUUCCUGUUUCAUCUAUUCAAGUACCUGGUACUGAUAUGUUGAGAGAGGAAAGCAGUCAUCUUUCAGUUGAGUCUCAGAGGAAUUUUCUUGAGCAUCAAAUUCAGUUGUUACAGAGUCAACUAGAGUAUCUGCGGAAACAACAGGUGGACAAAGGUGCUAGCUCUAGCCAUUCAGUAUCCACAGUUACCAAUGUGACAACUACAGAGUCAUCUUCAGAUGCUACAUCCCACACAAAUAUCCAGGAAUCAAAUUUGUGAGUUGUCCUUGAUAAUCGUUGAAAAGCAAACCUGAGAAAUGAAUUUGCAGAGUUUUAAUCUGAGGGAUAAGAAGGCUGGUAUAGAUGCUUAUUUUCUUUCAUUUGAGGUGGAGUAAGCUCUUCCGAUUGUCAAAAUUGAUCACAUAAUUCAUGACGACUUGUUAAAGGUCUGUACAUAUAAAAGAAGAGUGGUGUUACAAGAUUUAUAGGCCUCCUGACUAUUGGAGAAUUUUGGCUUUGUAGUCUUCUCCAAUAUGCUCUGUAUACCGUUUCAAUUUGGGCAUCUUAGAUGUAUGUUGCAGAACCCUUAGGUUCCUUCAGGCAUGUUGUAUUUCUUACUUUCAAACUUUAGAUACUGAAUUGACUCGUAAAUUAUUGAUGAAAGGAAGAUCUGUUUAGUGCCUGAGCCAAGAUUGGCUAUAUAUGUUAUGCCUUUAAACUAGACAGAUAA